AUGGCGCCAGAACCAAAAACCUUUCAGAUCUCCGUGCCCGAAAAGGCACUGCAAUCCCUGAAAAAUAAGUUAUUAUCCUCGACAUACUUUGAAGAGGUAGAGUUUGCCGAUGACUGGGACUACGGAGUGCCAAUGCGUGACGUCAAACGAUUGGCGAGGUAUUGGGCCGACGGGUUCGACUGGCGAGCGCAAGAGGCGAAAAUAAAUAGCACAUUGCCUCAAUUUACGACGACCGUGCACGUUGACAAAUUUGGAGAUCUUGAAAUGCAUUUCGUUCACCAAAAGAGUGAUAACCCGAAGAGCAUUCCACUUCUCUUUUGCCAUGGCUGGCCCGGAAGUUUCCUCGAGGUAGAAAAGAUUCUUCCCCUGCUAUUGAAUCAAAAAGACGGGCCUUCUUUUCAUGUGGUCGCACCUUCUCUCCCCAAUUUCGGGUUUUCCCAAGGGGCAUCGAAGUCAGGAUUUGGCGUUGCACAGUACGCAGAAGCCAUGCACAAGGUGAUGAUCAACCUUGGAUACGACAAAUAUGUCACUCAAGGCGGAGACUGGGGCUACAAAGUCACUCGAUUUAUAGGCAUCCUCUUCCCCCAGCACUGCCUCGCUUCUCAUCUCAACAUGGUUCUCGCAAAGCCUCCCACGCUGGCCAAGCACCCCUUAUUAUACUUGCAAGAUAAACUCAUACCACGAACAGAAGUCGAAAAGGCUGGCCUCAAACGCACGGACUGGUUCGCCAAGGAAGGGGCUGGAUAUAACGUUCUCCAAACUACUAAGCCAUCCACCAUUGGCCACGCUCUUGCCGACUCGCCUGUGGCUCUGUUGGCUUGGAUCUGGGAGAAGCUUCACGACUGGGCAGAUGAUUACCCUUGGACGGAUGACGAGAUCCUCACUUGGGUUUCAAUCUACCAGUUUUCUACCGCCGGUCCUGCCGCUAGUGCGAGAAUUUACUACGAAGUUCAGCAGCCCAACAAGCACGAAAGCUAUUCGAACAAGGUGUUUGACUACAAUUCUAAAGUCCCUCUGGGACUUUCGUAUUUUCCGCAAGAUAUUUUUGUGCCUCCUAGAGCAUGGGGCCGAACGUUGGGGCCCGUCGUUUUCGAGGCCAACCACACAGAGGGGGGACACUUUGCUGCGCAUGAGAAGCCCGAGUUAUUGGCCGGGGAUUUGAAGAAGAUGUUCGGUCCGGGAGGUGGUGCAUCUGCGGUGGCAAAGAGACUGACCGAGUCUGCUUGA